UUACGGCGGAACCGCAGGACAGACUGAGUUCCCCAGAUCCUCCUUUGGUGCUCAGACUCAAAGCGUAGUAACUGAGCCUCAGCAAGAUGGUCGUGAAGUACAAUGUCCAGGUGGAGACGGGCAGCUCCAUCAAGGCAGGCACCGUCGAUGCCAUUUAUAUCACCUUGGUGGGCACCGAGGGCGAGAGCCCCAAAACCGCCAUGGACAACUUUGGUGUGGACUUCUUUGCUGGAGCGGUGAGUGACUACAAAGUCCCUAGCAAACAGGACCUGGGGGACAUUGUGCUCAUCCGCCUCAACAAGGAGACCAAGCUGCUCCUCACCCCCACAAACUGGUACUGUACCUUCAUCACCGUCACGUCCCCCAAAGGGGUGGCCUACCGCUUCCCUUGUUACCAGUGGAUGGAAGGGCGCGAGGCUUUGGAGCUGCGGGAGGGAUCCGCUAAAACCCCUACCAUGGAUACUCUACCUUUACUCAAAGAAUUCCGGAGGAAGGAGGUCCAGAAGAGGCAGUCUUUUUACCAGUGGAAGGUAUGGAACGAGGGCGUGCCCUACUGCCUGAACGUCUCUUCCCCAAAAGAGUUAGAAACUGAAACCCAAUUCUCCUUCGUCAAAGGGACCCUUUUUAUUGGACGAGCUGCAACCAAGACCAUAGAGCACAAGCUGAGAGGAUAUUCUGAUAGCAAAAAAUCCUGGGGAAGCCUGGAUGACAUCAAGCAUGUUUUCUGGUUCAACAAGUCAGAAACAUCAGAAUAUAUCACAGAACACUGGAAAGAAGAUGCCUUCUUUGGGUACCAGUUCCUGAAUGGACUGAAUCCAAAUUUGAUCCGGAAAUGCACCAAGAUCCCUCCAAAUUUCCCUGUGACCCAGGAAAUGGUGGCCAAGUCCCUUGGAGCGGACACCACGCUGGAGAAAGAGCUGGAGAAGGGCAACAUCUUCAUUGUAGACUACAAGCUCUUGGAGGAUGUCCCGGCCGGGGUGAUCAAUGGGCGCCAGCAGUACAUCGCUGCCCCUUUGUGCCUGCUCUACCUCUCCCCACGGAAUCAUCUCAUGCCUUUGGCCAUUCAGCUCAGCCAGACCCCGGGUCUGCAGUCGCCCAUCUUCCUGCCGAGCGACUCCGAAUGGGACUGGAUCAUGGCCAAAACUUGGGUGCGCAAUGCCGACUUCAGCAUCCAUCAGGCUGUUGCACAUCUGCUCCGGACUCACCUCUUGGCCGAGGUGUUUGCUAUGGCCAUCAUCCGCCAGCUGCCCAUGUGCCACCCGCUCUACAAGCUCCUGAUUCCCCACAUGCGUUACACCUUUCACAUCAACACCUUGGCCCGGGAGACCCUCAUUUCAAAAGGAGGGAUUUUCGAAGAGCAAACCGCUAUUGGUUAUGAGGGCAUGGUGAAAACAUUGCAGAAAGGAACCAAGGCCUUGACCCUGACUUCUCUCUGCCUUCCGGAGGAUCUGGAGGCCCGCGGGGUGUCCUCGCUGCCCCAUUACUACUACAAGGAGGAUGGCCUAAAGCUCUGGGCAGCCAUUCAAAGCUUUGUCUCCGGCAUCAUCAACUUGUAUUAUCCAAAUGAUCAGGCUGUGCAGGAGGAUUCUGAGCUACAAAUGUGGAUGAAGGAGGUCUUCGAGAAAGGCUUUCUGGCGCAAAAGUCUUCUGGAAUUUCUUCCUCGUUCACUUCUGUGCAAGAGCUGGAAAAGUUCAUAACUAUCGUGAUUUUUACCUGUUCGGGUCAGCAUUCAGCGGUCAACACUGGGCAGUUUGAUUUUGGCUCCUGGAUGCCCAACUUCCCGUCUUCGAUGAGGAAGCCCCCUCCAACCAGCAAGGGCACCAUGAACUUACAGGAGUACAAAGACGUUGUCCCGGAUGUCAGUACCACGUGCAAGAUGCUCAGCACCCUGUGGCUGCUCAGUGCCCCUCCGGAAGAUGUGGUGCUGCUGGGCAAUUAUCCAGAGCAGCAUUUCACCGAAGAGGCCCCCAGAAGACUCAUUGCUACCUUCCAAGAAGACCUGAAGAAGAUUUCCAAGGAAGUUGUGCAGAGGAACAAGUCCAUGGCCAACUUGGGGGGACCGGUCCCUCUCGGCUACAAGUAUCUGAUCCCCGCAAUAAUCGAGAACAGCGUCUCCAUCUAAACAGUAGAAGGGAAACAACUGUUUCUCCAAUCCAUCCAUAUUUUCUUUGCAUGCUUUUCUACAUAUGUUUAAUGGGCAUGAAUGGUAGGGUAAAGUACAGGCAGAAACUCCCAUUUUUUUGUGUGAAGUGGAGACCGUUAGGCAUGUGUGUGCUUUUUUGGAGAAUAUGCUCUGAUCCUGAAUAAUCUUAAAAUACUGAGAAGUUUUUGAGGAUUUUCUUGUAAUGUAGAGCAAAAUGAUACAAUAAUGGAAGUUAGGGGCCUUAUUAUGGGGGUGCUUUAGUUGUGUCUUCCUGCAUGGCAGAAUGGGGUUGGACGAGAUCACCUCUGUGAUCCCUUUGUGCUCUAUGACUCUAUUCUUUCUUGCAUUACAGAAUGAAAUUUAUGAAGAUAUAAAUAUAUAUUUCGUAUGAAAAAUUUGGCUUCUGUCAUGUUGAGAAUCCUAUUGAGAGUAGAUCUCAUGAAUCAGCCCCUAAAUACAGGGAGAAUCAAUGAAGCGAAUAUGGCUUAUGGGAGGGUGUCGCAGUAUAGUGCAUGAUUUAUAGUUCUCCAAUCACACCCUCUCUGGAAACACUGCACACUGGAAUGAAUUCCUUAGAAGCAAGCAAAACCAAAUACAGCAGAGUACUUAUCAGCAGAGAACUUAUCAGCAGAGUACAACGUCUGACCAUGUUCUGCUCCCUCUUUAGAAAACUCACUGAUUCAGUUUUCAUUCAAAAUAUUAGGAGUCUUUUAAUCUUGACACGUUGCUCUAUAUGUUAUAGCCUGUUCAGCAUCCGAGUGUUCAGAAGAUAAGGUUGGGGAUGCUGGGAGAGAUUCAGAGGGCCCAGAGAGAAAUGCUUUGGACUCUUUCAAUAGCAAUGUUUUGGAAUCUCCUGGCUGUUCCCAGGAGAACGGUGAAGGCCAUUCCCAUGAGAACCAACCAGAAGUGCAAACCAAGGGAACUGGGGAAGAUGAAUGUCUGUCAAGGUCAGAGAGAUCAGAGUUAAGAAAACAAGACCAGCAAUUAAGGACUCACUUCUCCAAGCAGAUGAACGAUAAGGAGAGCAGGUGCAACAGAAAUGAUCUCAUGGGAGGAGUUUUUGGCUUUUAAAAAUGGUUCAUGUUGAUAGAAUUCUUUGUGAGAGCAACACUGCUUUCAGAUACAGAGCUCUCGGUGUAAAAGGCCAUGAAACCAAGUGUCAAGUUGUUCCUGUGUUCUGAUCUUACAAGGCAUUGUUUUGCCUGCCUUUGAUUAAUGUACCCUGUCUUUGAGAGGCAUAGUUUUACCCGCCUUGGAUUCAUGUACCUUGUCUUUGAAUGGCAUCGUUUUGUCUGUCUUGGAUCUAUGCAUCUACCUUGUUUUUGGAUAUUUCACUGGAAUUAUGUUAGACUUUUUCUGAAGGGAUGUUUCGACAUUUAUAGACAUAACCUUUUGAACCUUGAUUCCUUUUUUAUAUUUGCUUGCUUUUCAUAUAUCCAGCUUUUAUUAUACUCUGCUUUUAAUAAACUCUUACGUUGGAUUA